GCGGCGGCUGGCGGUGGUGACCAGCGACUUCCACAUGCCACGUACGGCAGCGCUGUUCGACCACAUGUACGGCGUGGCGGCGCGGGAGGUGUACGGCGACCCCAAGAGGUUCGAGCUGCUCUACGUGGCCUCCAGCGAUGCGGGCGUGUUUGAGCCCGAGGUGCUGGCGUCCAGGAAGUCCAAGGAGGCUCGCAGCACUCAGUCCUGGCAGCUCACCGCGCCCCGCCUCACCUCCCUCGCCGCCCUUCACACCUGGCUGCACUCCACGCACCUCUGCUACGCGGUGGCGCGGCAACACGAGUUCGGGGCGCAGCAGAUACGCGACCCGCGGCUGCUGGCGUCGUACUGAGACAAGGGAGGUGUCGUACUGAGGCAAGGAAGUGUCGUACUCUGGAAAGGUACCGUACUAAGGGAGUGCUCGUGUGUGUAUAGAUGUACGGAGGAGCUUCGUAAUGUUUCGUCGUUCAACAGGCCCCCCUGGCGCGCUAGGGGGCGGUGGAGCGUGCGGCGUGGGUUUCCUGGCCCUGUGCUGGUGGGAGAGAGCUGCACGUGUAUAAAUAAAAACGGUGUUUAUCUUGGUCAUCAUCAUCUACCGGUAUGUAUGAGAGGUGAGCGUGCAGUACACGUGUGCGGUUUCUUUGUUUUUUAUGGGUGCUAAAGUGUGACCUGGUGUGCAUGCAAGUCAUGUAACUUUUGUUGGUAGCAUCUCUGCGUGCGAGCGCGCUGCGCCUCCGGUUGCCAAGCUCGUGAUGUGUACGACAGGUGCAUUGUACGGCCGUGGGGCUGUGCGGGCAUGGUGCGUGAUUAGGAAUGUUAUGGCUGUGCGUGCUGUUAAGGUUGUGGAUAAGGCAACAAUGUGUGGCUCGUGGUUUAAGGGCUGGCACCUGUGUUAAGAUAAGAAAACUGGCCGCGAGUAGGAACGUUCUGAAUUGCCGGAAGAAUGCUGGAUUGUGUGUGGGUGCUGUGGGGACUUCAUACGCACACGCUGUUGGGUGUGCGGUGCGUUGUUUGCUCUAGGCCACGUGCGCCUAGACGGUUCGGGCAUGUGCGGACACGCACACAGAGGCUCCCGCGGCGGUUCUGUG